AUGUUCGGAAUUGUAGCCCUGUCUUCUGUCACAUCCACGUUUGCCAGCGACAACAAUGGACAUAACAACGAUUACGCGUUGGUGACGCCCGUAGAGGUGGACUCCAGGGGGGAGUACGUCUCCCACGAUGUGACGGGCGCCGGCAGGAGGAGGAGGUCCCUGCUGUCUGCCGACGGCGGCCUGCACUACAGGCUGUCCGCCUUCGGCAGAGACAUGCACCUAGACCUGAGGCUCGCCAACGUGCUGGCAGGCGGCUUCACCGUGCAGACGUUCGGCAAGAGCGGCAUUACCGUGGAAACACCGGAGCCGGCUUUCCACGACUGCCUUUAUCAAGGAUUUAUACGAAACCACAGCACAUCUUCUGCAGCUGUGUCGACCUGCAACGGCCUGUCAGGAUUGAUCCGCACUUCAGAGGAGGAGUUCUUCAUCUCUCCACUCCCCAAGCACUUAGCUGCAGAGCAGAACUACAGCGCCCCCCCUGGCCACCACCCGCACGUGCUCUAUAAGCGCUCUGCUGAGCGCCGUGUCCGAGGCGACUCAGCAACCUCCGACCCCUCCAGUCCGCCCAGUCCCCACGUGCAUCACCACCGCCUCCAGCGCAGGAAGCCACAGCCACAACACUUCUGUGGACGGCGCAAGAAAUAUGCUCCGAAGCCCCCUCCAGAGGAUCGGCUUGACAUGCCUGAUGAGCCUGAACCGGCAGGCAGGGGGAAACGCUCGCCUAUCCCCUCCAGCAUGGUGGGGGGACUGAAUGUGGAGACCCUGGUGGUGGCAGACCGGAAGAUGCUUGAGAAGCACGGCAGGGAGAAUGUCACCACGUACAUACUGACGGUCAUGAACAUGGUCUCCAGUCUCUUUAAGGAUGGCACCAUUGGAACAGAUAUCAACAUUGUGGUGGUCAGCCUUUUGCUUCUCGAGCAGGACCCUCUGGGCCUAUCAAUCAACCACCAUGCCGACCAAUCCCUUAACAGCUUUUGCCAGUGGCAGUCCGGUCUGAUGGGAAAGAACGGGAAACGGCACGACCACGCCAUCCUGCUGACCGGACUGGACAUCUGCUCCUGGAAGAACGAACCGUGUGACACUCUGGGCUUCGCGCCCAUCAGCGGGAUGUGUAAUAAAUACCGGAGCUGCACUAUAAAUGAAGACACCGGACUGGGCCUGGCCUUCACCAUCGCCCAUGAAUCAGGACACAAUUUUGGGAUGAUCCACGACGGAGAGGGGAACCCCUGCAGGAAAACAGAGGGGAACAUCAUGUCACCCACCCUGGCUGGAAACAACGGUGUCUUCUCCUGGUCCGCCUGCAGCCGCCAGUACCUCAGCCGAUUCCUCGGCACGGCGCAGGCCUCCUGCCUGGUGGACGAGCCCAGGCACAUCGGGCAGUAUAAAUACCCCGAGCAGCUUCCUGGCCAGCUGUACGAUGCCCACACCCAGUGCAAGUGGCAGUUCGGCUCCAAGGCAAAGCUCUGCCACCUGGAGUCUCUCAAGGACAUCUGCAAGUCGCUGUGGUGCCACCGGACGGGGCAGAGGUGUGAGACCAAAUUCAUGCCCGCCGCGGAGGGGACGAGCUGUGGGGCGGACAUGUGGUGCCGGCGGGGUCAGUGUGUGAGGCUGGGGGACCACGGUCCACGCGCGGUCCAUGGGCAGUGGUCAGAAUGGUCGACGUGGUCAGACUGCUCUCGGACCUGCGGUGGGGGAGUGAUGUCCAGGGAGAGGUUUUGCAACAAACCCAGGCCUCAGUACAAUGGGAAGUUCUGCCAGGGGUCCAGCCGCAUGCACCAGCUGUGUAACACAAAAACAUGCCCCCCUGGCGCAGUGGACUUCCGAGCCCAGCAGUGUGCAGAGUACAACAGCAAGCCCUUCAGAGGCUGGUACUACAAGUGGAAACCCUACACCAAAGUGGAAGCUGAGGACAUCUGCAAGCUUUACUGCAUAGCUGAGGACUUUGACUUCUUUUUCGCCAUGGCCAGCAAGGUGAAGGAUGGCACUUCCUGCUCGGACGUCCGGGCAGAUGUGUGCAUCGAUGGACAAUGUGAGCCAGCUGGAUGUGACCGGGUCUUGGGAUCUAAGGCGACUCUGGAUGGCUGUGGAGUUUGCAAAGGGGACAACUCCACCUGCAAGGUCUACAAAGGCCGGUACCUCCAGCAACACCAAACCAGCGCAUACUAUCCUUUGGUAACCAUCCCGGUUGGAGCCAGGAGGAUCCGUGUGCAGAUGCAGGAGGUCUCCUCCAGCUACCUGGCCAUCCGCAGCCUGAAGAGGAAGUACUAUCUCACGGGGGGCUGGACCAUGGAGAAGCCCGGAAAGUUCCGGUUUGCCGGGACCGUGUUUGAACAUCAGCGCUCCUUCAGCCACCCAGAGAGCGUGCAGGCACUGGGACCGACCAAUGAGACGCUGGUAGUCGAAGUCCUCCUGCAGGGGAGGAACCCGGGCGUGGUGUGGGAGUACACCCUGCACCGGAGUGACAAGAAGCACACCUACACCUGGAGCCUGGUGCGGUCCCAGUGCUCUGCCCAGUGUGCUGGAGGGCGUAUAUCAACGAAAGCUGUGUGUCUCCAAGACCAGCGCGUGCAGGUGAACUCCUCCCUCUGCAGUCUGCACACCAAGCCAGCGCUGGGGUCUCAGCUCUGCAACACACAGCCCUGUCCUGCCUACUGGGUGCCCGGGGACUGGGGUGCGUGUAGCGUCUCCUGUGCGGGCGGGCAGCAGACGCGGCCCAUGCGCUGUGUGCGCAGGGUGUCGUACCAGCGGCAGGAGGGCGCAGAGGCCUCGCUGUGCCCCGCCGUGUCCCCGGCCCGGACCCAGCCCUGCCAGACCCAGCCCUGCCCCCCUCGGUGGGGCUCUGGAGCCUGGUCUCAGUGCUCUAAGACGUGCGGGCGGGGCGUGCGGAGGCGCAGCGUGUUCUGCAGGAGUGCGGAGACGGUGGUGGUGUUGGACAGUCUGUGUGAGCCUCAGCUCAGGCCCCAGACCCAGGAGCCCUGCGUGAUGCGCCGCUGCCCCAAGAACCAGCGUCUGCAGUGGAUCAGCACCCCCUGGGGGGAGUGUUCGGUCUCCUGCGGGCGCGGCACACAGAGGAGAGAGCUGCGCUGCGGGGAGCGUAGCCCGGGGGGCGGGUACACGGACCUCCCCCAGCGGAGGUGCAGGAACCUGGCCAAACCCGCCCUGGAGCUCCAGCAGGCCUGCGGCGGCGGGGUCUGCCCCCUCCCGCGGCCCGCGGCCCGGAGGAGCCCCGGCACCGCCCCGCCGGGCUGGUACACGUCACCAUGGCAACAGUGCUCUGUGUCAUGUGGGGGAGGGGUACAGGUGCGGAGCGUCCAGUGUCUGAGAGAGGGCCGUCCCACGGCGGGGUGUCAGCCCUCUGAGAGGCCAAUCACAUCCACAGCCUGCAACACCCAGUUCUGCCCCGCCCCCUCCCCUGUUGCCAGAGAAGACCAGACUUGCAUGGACUCCUUUAGAUGGUGUCACCAGGUGCCACAGCACGGACUGUGCAACCACAAGUUCUACGGCCAACAGUGCUGCAAGUCCUGCUCCAGAAAGAUCUGGUAACCCUGUACAACUUCAUUCAUCUCCUGGACUCUGUUCACUGACCAAAAUGAUCAGAGCUUGACUCCUGUAAAUCGAGAGGCAGAUUGGAGUUGGCAACAAUCCAGAGGAACUGAGGAACUGGCCUUGGUCUUGGGACUGCUUGAAUCAUGGAAACAGGAAACAGAAAAUAUUGCAGCAGACAAAGCUGCGGGCUGGAAGGUCACGUGGAACAGUGAAAUUGUAUAUAUCUUUCCUCGUCGAGUACAUGAACUCCACAUUUUUCUUUUCAGAACUGAGAUGUAGCAUGAGGACAUGGAAAAUGUACCGUGGUGUUCAUUCAGUGUAAAUAUAUCACUCCAAAGGUAUCGAGAUGGUAACCAUCCAUUUUACAUUUAAAUCAUUACCAGACAUUUAAGGAGGUCCAUGAAAUAUUUCAUUUUUAUUAUUUAUAUUUAAGUGCCCCUGAAUUACCUGGACAUCUUUUGUCAUUAACUUAUCGUGGGUCACUUUUGAUUGUUAUUAACAAUGUAAAAUAGAUGUCCUGUAUGUUUCACAAGGAUAUGUGACAUAGGUUUCACAAAAUUAUAUAGUAUGUUGUUUUUGAAGUCAAUGUUUCCUGUUAUCUUCAUGCAUGCACUUAUCACAUCCCUAGACAUUGUUCUUUUUUUUGGUGGAUGGGGGAGGCGUUGGGAUGUUGAAAGAACACUACUCACCAGUGUAAGUUACAUGUGCUUCAGAGUUGUAUACAUGUAUGUAUUAAUGUUUCAAACAACGCCCUUUCCAGUGCCCAGGCAGGGAGUCUGAGGCUUGAAGGAAUGUGAAUUCUGACUGGCUGAUGGAUACUUGGCAGGGACUCCCAUGGCCACAUGGCUGGUCAGAGAUGAGAAAGGGACCGUCUCCAUGCCAACACUUUGUGGCUUAUAGCGGUAAACAGGGCUUCCUGUGUCAUUUUUUUUAUGCAUGUGGGGUGUUCAAUCCUAUCUACUUUUCAAGUUCUUGAUUGAAGACCAUGAUGUCAAGUUGUUGAAUCAGGUGUCAUAGUGCUGGGCUGAAACAAACGCCUGCACCCACACCGGCCCUUUUCAUACAAGAUCGGACACCUCUGAUAUAGAGGAUCGGCCAUGGCUUUCUGGUUUAUGGAAAUCUAUGGGGGCAGGAGAUUAGACCAGAUCUAUAAGCACUCCCAUAUGUGGAGCUAUACUUGAGUGGUCCACCUCUGUGGCACUUUAUAUGAUCAUGAACCUUUGUUAACAAAUUGAAGUGAGUGAACAGUAAGAGCGGAUUCACGCGUGUUCACUGGAGGAAUGGCCAGUAUUGGGCUACGACUCAGCUGCUCAGGUUCGGUAAAGGAGGCUAAGGAAAUCGAGAUUGGCUGUAACGAGCUCCCAGUGUUGGGUUUUGGAGAGCCUCCUCCAAUCAGGUGCUAACGCUGAGAUGCAAUGGAUGCCGGAGUGGUGACCAGAAGGCAGCUGGUUCAACUGUCUGGUGAGGAAUAUUUAUCACACCCUUGAGCCAGGUGAUCAACCUGAAUUACUUAAGUGAAAAUUCAGUCCAGUGGCUGGUGUGAUAAAUGUGAGUUCAUUUUAGUCUUCAGAAGAGAUUGGUCAGACAUGAAAACAAAUUGCUUUCAAAAUCCAUUUUAUGGAAGUGUUAAGACUCUUGAGUCCAUAUGCAUGUUGUCAUGUCCAUAAUGAAAACUAGCGGUUCUGGGGUGCCAUUUGACUUCCCCUCUUCUAUCCCCCCCCCCCACUAGGCAUGCUUUGUGCAUGAUAUACCAGCCCUCCUGUCUCAUCCCUUUAUAAUGUGACUCCAGAAGCACUCCACUCCAUUUGUGUGCUUAGCGUGCUGUCUAUCACCCCCCUCACAGCUUACUCUAAAUCAAGAUUGCUGCAUUUGCUGCAUGGUUUCUUCAGUCACAUUACUUUAAGUGUGUCACCAUUAGGCCUGCGUAAUGUACACCGAGCAGCCGAGGUUACUGAUUUGUGAAGCAGCAUUAAAGCAAUGCGGUGUCUUAUUCCUCUUGACACACAGCAGGCGGUAAACUCAAUGUUAAUUGCGACUUGACACUUUAAUACAGAUUUGUUUGCCCCUCCUUAGGAUUCAAACCACCAAACCUACAGGCCUGUCUCGCUAAUCACUAUCCUUUGUUUCUCACGUCCUAUACAUGCUGAGAGCACUCAAAAGACACAGAGGACUUUGAUGACCAAUCAGUAAAAGGGACACGCUUCCAUUCGUGUCAAUUCAAUGUCCCACUCAUGUUGCUGAUUAUAUUCUAUGUCUUGUACUAUGCUUGAUAUGGUUCUUUUUUGUUUUUAUUUGUAUGCCUUUGUCCAAUGUAAGCAGGAGUGUAAUUUAUUAAUGUGUGCUCUGGACUGUGUCCAUCAGAAGGACAAGUGCUUUUCAAAACUCAGUCACAUCUAAUAGAGUCUGCAUGAUGUAAAACAGAGCAAUAUAAGUGUGAUAUUUAAUUUUCUUUCAACCGUUUUAUAAUAAAUCUAU